AUGUCUCGCCCAGUGUCCGUUGAAGACUUGAUCAAGCAGAGUGAAGAAAAUGGGAGGCCCAAGUUCCUCACAAAGAAACAGCGACAGCAAUUGAAGAAAAAGACAGUGACCACAGCUCCCACAAUUAAGAAAAGAACAGGUGAAGAGGCAGAGGCAUAUUCUCAACCAGAGGAGAAGAAGCAGAAAAAAACGCCCAAGUACAAGUUUGACUGGGACGAGGAAGACGACACGUCCAACGGGUAUGAGCCGCUUGUGACGCUUGAGGAAACCAGGCCUGUGGUGAACUCAAUUCCUGAAAAACACUGGUCACAGAAACCACUACAAGAAAUGACUGCUAGAGACUGGAGAAUCUUUAAAGAUGACUAUAACAUCUCUAGCAAAGGAGACAAUAUUGGAAACCCGCUACGGUUCUGGCAUGAGGACCCUCUUAUACCUAAGAAGGUGUUAGAUAUUAUUCAAAACAAGCUUCGAUACCAGGAGCCUACGCCGAUUCAACGAGCAUCGCUACCGUUGGUGCUACGAAACCGUGACGUGGUCGGGGUAGCAGAGACAGGCUCGGGUAAGACGUUGGCUUUUGUGAUUCCUCUUCUAUCGUACAUUUUGGGCAUCGAACCAGAGUACAUGAAACAUGAACAUACUCAAGAAGCUAAUACCAACAGGGCGUUGGGGCUCAUUUUGGCGCCUACUAGGGAAUUGGCGCUUCAGAUUGCUAAGGAGACUCAGAAAUUCACUGAUGAAUUAGGAUUAUCUGUGGUGACUGUGAUUGGAGGCCACAAGUAUGAGGAGACCAUUCACUCCCUUAGAAAUGGUGUUCAUAUCGUUGUGGCGACGCCUGGAAGACUCGUGGACUCGCUAGAGCGAGGUAUAAUCAACUUGAGCAAAUGUUACAACGUCACCAUGGACGAAGCAGACAAGAUGAUAGAUAUGGGGUUUGAGAAGUCUCUUAACCAGAUCCUCAACUACCUACCAACCAGUGAACAAUUGAGUAGCAGCAUUGAUCUGAGGAUCUUGCGGAUUCAAAAGCGAAACACCGUCAUGUUCACUGCCACCAUCACUCCAACAAUAGAGAGAUUGACGAAGAACUAUUUGCAAGACCCGGCUUAUCUCUUUGUGGGUAGCGCCAACGAGCUUGUCGAUACCAUUGACCAAAACUUCGAGUACAUGGGACCAGCCCCUGGAGAUAAGCAGGAGGUUGACGCUAACAGGCUCACGCGACUCGUGCAAGUCUUGGAGAGGCACAAAAGGUCACCCAACUUCUCCGUUAUUAUUUUUGCAAACUUCAAAAGAGUUGUUGAGCUGCUAGCGGAGGACUUGGCGGAGAAGAGCUUCAAGAGCGUGGUGACUAUUCAUGGAUCCAAGAGCCAAGAGGCCAGAGAAGCCGCCAUCGAAAAGUUCCGCUCAAGGUCUGCCUCCAUUCUAAUUGCUACGGAUGUAGCCGCCAGAGGUAUAGACAUUCCCCAUGUAUCACUAGUGGUGAACUUCCAGAUGAGCAACAAGUUCGAGGAGUACAUUCACAGAAUCGGCCGAACAGGGCGUGCUGGGGAACACGGUGAAAGCUACACGUUCGUAGAUGAUGGCGACAGGGACACGUUUAUAGACCUCAAGAAAUUCUUGAGCAGGGGAGGCAAGAAGGUUCCAGAUUGGUUGAGAGAGGCCACGAGGUUUUCAGCUGCCAUCUAG